AUGGGUCUCUGGAAGAACUUCUUGAUCCGCCUGGGGCUCGCGAAGAAGAAGAGGAGCAUCUUAGUCGUCGGCCUCGCGAACGGCGGGAAAACCACGCUCGUGAACCGCAUGAAACCGACGAAAGACCGCGAGGAAGACGUCGCCCCGACCGUCGGCUUCUCGGUCGAGCGAUUCUCGCUGCACAAGUGCAAGCUCACGGUCAUCGACAUGUCCGGCCAGGAGCGGUACCUCGACCUGUGGGAGUGCUACUACAAAGAGUGCCAGGCCGUCGUCUUCGUCGUGGACGCCACCGGCGGGGACGACGUGCUGCGAGAGAGCGAGAAGAUGUUACGAGGGAUGUUACGGCGCGACGAGCUCGCGAGGCGGCCGCUGUUGGUGUUCGCGAACAAGAGCGACGUCCCGACCGCGCUCGGGGCGUCGGACAUCGCGCGGGCGGUGGAUCUGAUGGGCGCCGCGGGGGACGGAAGGGCGUGGCACAUCGGCGCGUGCUCCGCGCUCACGGGGGUGGGGAUCGACGAGGGGUUUCGGUGGCUCAUCGGGAAGUUAUAG